CUGCGUCCUGCUUUCAAGUACCUCUGAUUGAAUUGCUGUAAUUUUGGCCGUUCCUAACGUUGGCGAGGGGGCGAUGCCCCGGCGGAGGAGGGGGUGUGCGGGCAGCCCUGGGCUCCCUCCCCUCCCGCACCCCGCGCUGCAGCCCAUAAAGAGCGGAGGAGCCGCGCGUGGGCGCGCAGUUUCACUCCCUGCGGCCAUGCACUGACUGACCGCUGCCAGCGCUGCACCCGCGGGACGAGCCGCUGCGCCGCCAGCACCAGGGGAAACGCUGCGAGGAAGAGGCCGCCUCGCCCCAGCUCAAGAUGCAGAGGUGCACUAGUUUCCUCUUUCUGUCUCUAAUUCUUUGUGCCACCCUAUCAGAAACGUUUGGACUGGUUUUCUCAGGAAAAGAAAAAAGGGGCUGGACUUUGAAUAGUGCUGGUUACCUACUUGGGCCACAUGCAGUAGAUAACCACAGAUCUUUUAAUGACAAACAUGGUUUCACUGGUAAACGUGAAAUACAGCCUGAUGAGGAUAUGAAAGCAGGGAAACUUGGAAGACCACUGGCUGAUGAAAACAUUGUGCGCACAGUAAAUGAAUUUUUGACUUACUUGCAUCUUAAAGAUGUGGGAGCACUUGAUAAACUACCUGCACCAGAGGAAAACAACCAGUCUUGAAGAAGAAUGCAUUUUUAUUUUGUUGUACUGUAGAUUAGGUUGAAUUCUAAACAGAAUAUCCAAAUGAGCUGAAGAUGAGAAGCAGUGUUUGCAUUAAUCUGAUAUAAAAACAGCAUCUUGCCCUCUGUUUUUUGUUUGUUUGGGAUUUUUUUUUUCUCUCCUGUGAUGUUAUAGUGUAAAAUUUUGCCAUGGUAAAAUUUUUCUGUAGGUAAAUGAUAAAAUAAAAAUAAAGAGCAAAUACAUAGUUUCAUUUUAAAAAUAAAUAUGUAGAGCACAAAAUGAGUCGUAUACAAAGCCCAGGUUAAAUUGUAAAGUACAUCUCUACACUGCAAAAUUACAGUAAAAAUAAAACAUAAAUACAGCAGAUUGAGUACUUUAGCUAAGUGAGAAAAAUAAGAACAGUCACUUCAAACCGCUGCCAUGCAGAGUAUUUUAGGAUACAUAUCUGUCUCUGCUUUAGGGCUUCAUGGAAGAUUUACUUCCUUUCAAAGACUCAUAAAUAAACUCGUGUUCUUUUUAAAUUUCAUAUUAUUUGCCUGUAAUAGAGCAAGCCAUUGACCGAAGUGUAACUUCAUACAAUAGAAAUUUAACUGUCCUGUACAGGUGAUAGGUUUACACAAAUCCCGUGUGUACCAUUCCUAUUCCUAUGUUGCCAAGAACACUGGCUCUGUAUUCUUUAAUGAAAAAAUUCUUCCCUCCACUCCAAGAUUAAAAAAAAUAAAUUUUAUAAGAUGCUUUAAUCUGAGUCCUGAAAAGCAUUUGAAUACAUGCUUAGUCCCCACAAAAGAACUUUGAUGUACUGCAAGAGGAUACUAGGCCUAUACACAAUGUGUCAUAUCAAGAAUGAGGAAAGGUUUGUCAAGAUACAGGUCUUAGAAUGUUUUUUUCACAUUCAGAUAGCUUUCACUCUGUGCUUAGUGCAAUGAAAAAGCAUCCUUUCAAAAUGCUGCUGUGCACAAGAGUGCACAGACUGACAAAAAUCUUGCAGAACAUUAUUACUUAAUGUGUUUUCCACUUUUAGCAUAGCAGAAUACAUUCUAGGUGUCAAGUCAGUAGUGUCUAAUUUGAACCCAUAAGGUUAUCUCACCUUGUCAAUCAGCUUGUGCUCUUCCUUUAGUAGUUGCUCUGAUCUAGUGUUUAAUGUUUACCUUCCAAAGUGUACAAAGUAGAUUUGUUACAUUCAAUGGGCUUUUGAGCAUAUUUCCCAUCAUAAACUUGAAGAAGAGCUCACUAAAUUCAAGAGCCGAUCUUUUCAUUGACUUCCAUGUACUUUGAUUCAUUGAGUGCUAAGAACCAGUGUCCAUUUGCAGAACUCAGUAACAAGCCAUCCUUCUGUGGCAAAGCAACUGAAUUUAUGAUUAAAUAAAAAACAGCAUCAAAUUUAUUUUCUUUUGAAAUAGGGUAAGAAAUUGAGUUUAGAGAAUAGUUAUCACUUAAAUAAAACUAGCAUACUGUCAGCUCUUUAAAGUUAGAAUGUUUGUGUUAGAAGGUUUAUUUGAAAUUCUGAAAUUUGAGAUUAUUUGAAAUACGGAAAACUCAUUGGAUCAAGUUCCUUGGAAGAGUUACAUCACUAUCUAAACAAGGAGGUCCACAAGCACUCGUUGUACUGGGUGGAUAUACUAUAAAAAAACCAGGAAGGAUCACUUUAAUCUAGUUACCAGAAGCAGUCACAUUCAUUUAAUAAUUACUGCGUUCAAAUACAUACUGGUAAUAUGCCAAAACACAGAGAGAAGUAAAAUUUUCAGACUGUUUCUUCAACCUCUAUAGCUCUUAUAUUUGCAAAAACAAAAAGGUAAAAACCAACAAAAGGGCGUUCUAGGUAAAUUUUAGUAAUAUCAUUUUAUUAACAUUUUAUUAAAAGCAUGCAUUACAUAGCUACAUCUCAGACCUAUAUUCUGCAAAUACUUGGAAUGACAUAAUCAUCUUCUAAGACAAGCACCUGAUAGAAGAUGGCCUUUAAAACCACAAUUUGAAAGCAUUCAGUUGCAACAGGGCAAAGAGACAACAAGAUGUGACAAGUUUCAGUAGAAAAUAAAAUAUCUGAAACUAGUUCCUCAUAAUUUCAUUUAUUUUCUCAUUUGCAUACAUUGUAUCCCACUUUUGUGUAGCAUUAGAUCAAACACAUAUCUGCACUAAAGACAAAUGAAAAAAUCUGAAAAAGUAAAAUUUUGUUGUAACGUUUGCCAGUGAUAUAAAAUAUAUCAGCAUGCAAAUUUAACUCUGACAAUGAACAGAAGGCUUGCAUGAUGCUUAAUGACUGGACAAUAAAAUGGCAGAUGAAAUUAUAUGGUGAUGCAAGCAAAGUAAUAUACAGAGAGAAAAACAACUCUAAUUUUGCAUAUACAUAACGAUGGUCUAAAUUAUCUCUGGAAAAAUAGCUUACACUCAUUGUACGUGAGCCUCUGAAAAAAAAGCCAUUUAAACCUCAGCAACAGUUAGAAAAGCAAAUGGAAUGUCAGGAAUCAUAAUGAAAGUAGCCAAAAUCAACCCAGAAUACAUCAUUAUGCCACCAUUGCCGACUGUGACACCAGUUGCACUGCAAAAACAAAAGCACUGUAGAACCAGAAAAACUAAGAGAAAAGUGACAAAUAUCUUCAGCAACAAGAAAAGGAUGCCAUAGAACAGUCUAUUCAGAUUUGGAAGCUAUUAAGCAGCUGACAGGAUACUCCUGUUUUCCCACCUUUCUAUUGAUGUAAAGGUCAGACUGCAAAAUUAGCAUAGAAAAAGUAAAUAGGACUCAGAAUACUGAUGGCGUUCAAGGGGGCUUCGUACUAUGGUUGACAUAAUUCCACUUUCAAGUUUAAUGUUACCAUAGUUAAACCCAAACUACAGCCCUUUUUGCCUGGCUUUCUAAGAUAACAGAGAGGCUUUGUACAAGUUAGUUUACAAAAGAUUCUGACAAUUUCUUAGCUGUUCUUCUGGCUUUCAACCAAGAUGAGGAGUUAUGACAUGAGAUGGUAUAUGAAGCAACACAUUAAUAACUGACUGAAAAAGCAAUGAAUGUAUUUUUACACUAUUUCAGAAUACAGGAUACAAAAAGCUAACAAGUUAGAAAUGCACAUCAGGAAGUACUUUGUAAUUUGUCCAGGAUACAAAUCACCUCCCGAGAUUUCUAAGACAGAUAUGAGGAUUAAAAAAAGGUUCAGAGCUGAGUAUCAGCAGAAUGAAUUAUUUUUCACCAGUUGACAAAGUACAAUAUUAGAGUGCUAUAUUCCUAUCAUUAUCUUGUGUUCUAUAAUUUAUUUUUAAAUAAAUGCAAAUAAUAGUUCUGAUACUUUAUUUUUUGUAUGUUGACUGAGCAUGACAUGGACCAGCCAGAGAAAACUGCAACUCACAGAUUUCUCAAGUACUCAGAUUCAGUAGUUUUGUAUAUGAAUGUCUGUUGUUAACAUUUUUAACACCUCAGAUUGUGGGCUAUUUGUCAAUUCAUGUGCAACACUCAGCA